GAGGUUAAGGUUUAUAUCCGUUCAGCCAUGACCACCAUCCCAUCCCGCCUUGCGCAGGUAACCCGGUUGUCGAGCAGCCCUGCUGAAGCCAGACAGCGAGUUAUCGACCUUUACAGAGACUGGUAUCGUGCUGCACCAGAAAUUGUUUCUCUGUAUGCUUUGAGCGUUUCGCCGCAGUUCGUAAGACACUGCAUCAGACAGCAAUUCGAACAGAAUCGAUACGUUACGGAUCAGCGCGUCAUAGAUAUAUUAAUUCAGAAAGGCAGACUGGAGUAUCAGGAGACGAUUAAUUGCUGGAAACAGACGGAUCACGUUAUGGGUAUCCUGCUGAAAAACAAAGAUAGACCCCAGCGGACAUUCCUGCAGAAGUUCUACGAAGGUCGCGACGAAGACUCUGUUCUUCCUGCCGCCUCGGGUGUUGUUUAGUACUAUACCGAUGUCUAGAGCAAUCACAAAAACCUUCAUAUCAACCUAUUAUUCUCGUACCUUGUGAAU